AUGGCUCUCUUCUCCUGGUCCACGAGUGCCGACGACAAGCGCGCCGAGGAGGUCCGCACCGGCGCCGUAGCCCCCGACCGCAGCGAGCGCAAGAAGUGCUGGGAGGCCCGCGACAGUUACUUUGCCUGCCUUGACCGCUCCAACAUUAUCGACGCCGUCAAGGAAGACAAGGCCGCGCGCAAGGCCUGCCCGGCCGAAAACGAGCUGUUUGAGCGCGACUGCGCCACCGCGUGGGUGAAAUACUUUAAGCAGUGGCGGGUGGCAGACAUCCAGAAGAAGGCAAGGAUAGCCCAGCUCGAAGCUGAGGGCGCCGUCAAGAUGGAUGUCACCACAUCCUUUACCGAAAACACCUCCGCUGGCACUACCGGCGUGCCAAAGGGGACAAGCAGGGAGGAUAUACAGGACAUGCUGUCUUCUCGAAAGAAGUAA